GCUGCAAACGAGGCCCAGAAAGACCCGCGUCCCGCGUGGGGCCGCACACCGGCGGAAGAGCUCCGAGCGCCGAGGGCCGCGGCCUCGGCAGAAGCCGGCGGAGCGACCCGGUCCCCGCCCCCGCGCCCGCCCCCCGCGCGCGCCUGGGCCCUCGGCCCCGCCCCCGCUCCGGGGUGACGCUAGCCGGGGCGCCACGAUCAAGGCGGCGGCGGCAGCGUAGCGAGCGCAGCGCGGGACCACCAUGGGGGCCCAGCUGAGCACGUUGGGCCAUGUGGUGCUUUCUCCAGUCUGGUUCCUGUACAGUCUGCUCAUGAAGCUGUUCCAGCGCUCCACGCCGGCCAUCACCCUCGAGAGCCCGGACAUCAAGUACCCGCUGAGGCUCAUCGACCGGGAGAUCAUCAGCCAUGACACCCGGCGCUUCCGCUUCGCCCUCCCGUCGCCCCAGCACAUCCUGGGCCUCCCUGUCGGCCAGCACAUCUACCUCUCGGCUCGAAUUGACGGAAACUUGGUCAUCCGGCCCUACACACCUGUCUCCAGCGACGAUGACAAGGGCUUCGUGGACCUGGUCAUAAAGGUUUACUUCAAGGACACUCAUCCCAAGUUUCCCGCCGGAGGGAAGAUGUCUCAGUACCUGGAAAGCAUGCAGAUUGGAGACACCAUCGAGUUCCGGGGCCCCAACGGGCUGCUGGUCUACCAGGGCAAAGGGAAGUUCGCCAUCCGACCUGACAAAAAAUCCAACCCCGUCAUCAAGACGGUGAAGUCUGUGGGCAUGAUCGCGGGAGGGACAGGCAUCACCCCGAUGCUGCAGGUGAUCCGGGCCAUCAUGAAGGACCCUGACGACCAUACUGUAUGCCACCUGCUCUUUGCCAACCAGACCGAGAAGGAUAUCCUGCUGCGGCCUGAGCUAGAGGAACUCAGGAACGAACAUUCUGCGCGCUUCAAGCUCUGGUACACGCUGGACAGAGCCCCUGAAGCCUGGGACUACAGCCAGGGCUUCGUGAACGAAGAGAUGAUCCGGGACCACCUUCCACCCCCGGAGGAGGAGCCACUGGUGCUGAUGUGCGGCCCCCCACCCAUGAUCCAGUACGCCUGCCUGCCCAACCUGGACCGUGUGGGCCACCCCAAGGAGCGCUGCUUCGCCUUCUGAGGGUCGGAGACAGUCACACGGCUACCUGCCCUGCGCGCCGCGCGCCCCACACCCCGUCCACACUCACCCUGUCACCUCCCCACAUCGCACACUGGGGCUCCGGGUUCAGCCUGGCCUGCCCGUGUCCUGGUGCGUCACCCGGCUCAGCAGGCUUCCUGGGGUCCCUUUGGGAGCAGGGCUCUUUUCCAGGUGGGCCACAGCUGAGCCUUCAGGAUGGGUUCUGCCUGGCACUUACUGGUUCUUACCAGAGACGCCCUGCCCCAUCCCUGUCCUAAUGACCCCUUGUCCACCCCCCACACACACUACAAGGCUGAGGGCUACCAGCAGCUCCCUUGGCCCACCCUUCCCGGCCUUGGUCCACAGUCAGGAUGUCAGCAGAUGCGGACGGGCUGUCCACAGCUGCAGGUGCCAGGGCCCACCCCAGCCUCACCUGCUGCCACUACUCCCGCCUCAGGGCCCGUCGCAGGCCUCAGCACCUGACACUGCGUGAGACAGCGACACCAGAAAGCCCUCUUGGGGGCGCUGCUCCCCACCCCGGUCUCUGGCCAGCCAGGAGCUUGGCUCUCCUCUGGCUAGAGUAGGAAGAGGGGGCUGGCCACGGAACCUCGGCAUUUCCUUCCAACUCAUCCAAACACAGAGGCAGCUUUGGGAGCCCAGAGCUGUGGGCUGGGCAGCCCACUGCACCACCUGGUUGUUUUGGGGUCCUGGGCUGGGGCCACCAUCCCCGGCGGCAGGACUCCCAUAACUACAUGUAUUUAUUCCUCUGUCCUACACCGUCCCCUCCUGCCCUCACCCCCAGCAAGGGGGGAUCCUGAGCAGUGCCUCUCGUCUGAGGGACAUAUUGGUGACCUCGACAUUGCCUUUAGACUAUAGUUGUGUUAGCCUCUUGCGUAUCGGCUUUUCCAGUCAUUUAUGAGCAGAAAAAAAAAAAAUUAAGUAAAACUUUGCUAACAUUAA